AUGCUCACAUUUUCAUGGACGGGUAAACGAAAGAAGAAGAGUGACGCAUCAGAUCAUGCUGCUUCGGUCGGAUUGAAACAUAAAUCUUCAUCAGAUCUUGAUUCAUCGGAGCCAUCAGUUAGUCGAUCAACAACAUCAACUGGAUCUAUACAUUUUGGACAGGUAAAAAUGUUUAUUCUCAUAAUUUUUUGGAGAAAAAAAAUAGGAAAUCAUGAUUAGUUGCCAAAUUUUUAAUUAAAAAUUUAGAGUUCCGGUUUGAGAAUUAAUCAAAGGGCUACUGAAGUUAUUGCUUCUGGAUGGAGAAAAAUUUUUAAAAAAAUAACGUUUUUUCAAGUUAAAUUAUGUUUUCCUAAAGUUGCUAAAAUUAAGCUUAAAGACAACGCAACCUUCAAAAUUGUAGAUCAAAACCUUUCUCUUAUUGUGAGACAAAUUUCAAAUCUAAUGAAAUUCACAUCAUUUUUCUUGGUUUUUUGAAAUCAACUUUUGACAAAAACUGCUUGCUCAUGUCAAUAAAUUAUUUACAAAAUAGACAUGUUUUUGAAACAAUUUACUGACCUUCAACAACUCUUUCUCCCCUUCUUUUUAUUCUUCAAAAAAUCACAUUGACAUGAUAAUGAGUAAGUGUGAAUUAUUCAAUCUUUCAAGGCAACAAUUUUUUGUUGUCCAAAAAUAUUUUCAAGGGAAACUUUUCAAAGCUUUGCAUAGAAAAAGUACAUUCAUCAUUCGUAUUCUUUUUUGGUUCUCCAAAAAAAGCAAUAAUGUCGAGAAAAAUCUAGCAGCACCCGUGAUUUCAAAGAGAAAACGAUGACUCAUAGAGGUGUUGACCGAUUUGUGAGAAAUUCUCCCUAUUGUCAACAUAUAGUUUUGAUGUUGCCGACUGAAUAGACUUCUUUUUUUUGCAGACAACUCCAUACACUUCAUCAGUGGGGACUAGUUUCAAAGAGGCUGAAUAUUCAGGACGGCUUUUAUUACAUGGUUUGAGACUCACUGAAUUUCCGGUCGAAGCAUUAUCCAAUGUUGAACUUUUGGAUAUCGUUUUCAUCGGUUAGUUUUUCGAAAAAAAUCAUCAAGAAAAAGAAAUUAAUAAUAUUUCAGACCUCAGUGACAAUCGUUUAUCAACAUUACCAGCUGAUUUUGCAGUGUUUGAUUGUUUGAUCUCAUGUAUUGCCAAUUCGAAUCGAUUUCGAACUAUUCCUACGUGUAUAUGUUCUAUUGAACAACUUACUUAUCUUGAUUUUAGUUUCAACGAAAUAUCUCAUCUUCCGGAUAGUCUUUUUGAUCUACCGUUAACCACCCUUCUUCUAACUGGAAAUAAAAUUGCUACAAUUCCUGAAGCGAUUCGUCGACUUGCUCCAACUUUAGCAUAUUUGGAUUUAUCACGAAAUGAAAUACGCAAUUUGCAAAGCCAUUUAAGAUUUUUGAAAUCGUUGAAAGUUUUGAAAAUAGCAAGAAACCAUAUUGAAGAAUUCCCAAUGGAACUUUGCACAUCACUCGAGCUUCGAACUCUUGAUCUCUCACAAAACAAUCUCACGUAUCUACCAUUAGAAAUGGCCAAAAUGAGCGAUUUGCGUAAUUUGCAAUUGUCGUGUAACCCUUUAAAAUCGCCGCCAAUUCAAGUUGUUGAAAGGGUAUGUUUAUUUAUGGACCAUUGAACAGCGACCAAGAAAAGAAAUGGAUAUCAUUUUGCAGGGAAUCGUUCAUGUUUUCAAGUGGUUAGAGGGUCGAACAUCUGGCUCUUCUUCAUCGUCGUCAUCACAACGAGAUUGUUCCGAGAAUCGCAAGAUGAAUGUGAUGAAAAAUGAGAAUGAAUUGAGGUAAUUAUAAAUGAAUAUGAUGGAUUGUUGUUGUUCAAGGAUUUUUCUCUAGCACAACUGUGAUUGUGGUAGUUUUCUAUACUAUUUUUCUACUUCUUUUUUAAAAAAUCUUCUUGGGGAAUCAUAACUCAUUUUAUUUCAUUGGGAUAAAAACUUUGAAAAAAGACUAAUCCAUUUCAGAAACCUUCGAAAUGCAUCUGAACCAGUGGCCCAUCAUAAUGGACUUCAUCGACUUAAAGUAAGUUUCUUUUCUAAAAAAACAAGUCAAGCUUACCCAACAAUAAAAAAAUCACGAAACUUAUUUAUUUUCUGGUGAUCGUCUACUGAUAUGAUAUGAGCAACACUAACAGGUUUUUCAAAUAUCAAAAUACAUUUACUAUUGUUGUCAUUCUCAUUUUUUAACAACCUUUAUUAGUAGUUCACACUUGCAUGUUGUUUUUUAUUUGAAGUUUUUGAUUUAUUCACAAUCCUGACUGAUUUGUUUCAUUCAUUCAACACUAAUCAAAAACAUUGAGAAAAUCAAUAUUUUUUAGGAAAUAGUCGAGCCACCUGCAAAUUCGAAUAAAAAACACGUGCAAAUUGUGCAUAAUAGAAUCUCGUCGGUCCCAUCAAACGUCGGAAAAGAGAACAAUUCACGUCAAUCAACUCCAGAUGAACAAAACAAUAACAAUAAUAAAGUUGUUACCAAUAAUUUGUCAAGUCCGGGGUUAUGUGAGUUUAUUUUUGAUUAUCAAGUUUUUUCAAAACUCAAUCGAUAAAACUUAUAUAUAUAUAUAUAUAUAUAAAUAUAUAUAUAUAUAUUUUUAGCAAAGAAACCAAUCUCGAAAGUUGCGCCAAUUAUGAAAAAUACCAUACGUCCACCAUCAUCAGGAAUGAACGGAAAUAAUCAAACGGUAGGGUUUUGAAAUAUUUCACAAAAACAUGAAAGCACAUGAUUAUUUUUGUAGAAAUUAACCACAUCGCACACAACAACUCGCCGUGCAGCUCCAGCUACAGCUCUUUCGAAAUCAGCAAUUGUAAAAAAAGAGAAUAUACCAGUGACCAAACCAAAGACUAUAACAACACGAAAAUCGGAAGAACCUGCGCCUUUGAAAGCUCCUACAAAAUUGAUUUCUGCUAGUUCGAUGGCGCUGAAUAGUAAGUUGUUUAUUAUUUUUGAUCUGUACUUCAAACUAUGCCUGGGUAGAAUAUAAUUUUUGAAACUUCGGGAGUUAUUUUUGGAUACUCAAACUAUUUGAAUGUUAGUUAUAAUGUGUAAUUCCCAUCAAUCUUGUUUUCAAUUUGAAAACAAAAACAAGAAUUAUCUUCAGAAAAUGGAAGUCGAACACCUCCAGCCAGCGAUGUUGAAAAUGCAAGAAAAAUGAUGCGUGAUAAACUUGGCCCAAGUUUUACAAUGAGUAAAGGAGAUAUGAGUUUCAGUCUCCAAAUAUCCGAUGGUGUCGAAUUAUGUAAAUUUGUGAAUAAAAUAUCACCGGAACCAAUCAAUAUUGCAACAAAUCAUGAUUCAAGUAUUGCAACAAUUCGAGCAAAAAUGAAUGCUGACAAAUUUGUGCAAUAUUGUAAAAAAAUCGGUGUACCAGAUGUAAGUCAAUUCAAUUAACUAAAUCAAACUCAAUCAAUUUUUUCCAUUUUCAGUCAACCAUCUGCUCACCACUUGACAUUUUAUCAAAAAGAAAUCCGCAGAAAAUUGCUCGAACAAUUUUGAGUGUAGCGAAAUUGCAAGCUUUACAAGUAUCACCAACAAAUUCAAUUCAAUGCUGA